UUAAGCGAAAAAUAAUUUUUUUUUGCUCUUCAUUUUCGUCGAUGCGCAAAUUUUUGGUUAGAGAGAAAGAAAGAGAGAGAGAUUUCGGUGGUUUUGGUUGUUAAUGGAAGAUUCAAUGACGGAGGAAAGAAGAUGAUCGCCAUUUCCUUUCUCUCCCUCUCUCUCCCUCUCUCUCCUCAAUCAUCAUCUUCCUCGUUCUAGUUUCCAUGGGCACAUUUCAGAGCUUCCGCAAAGCUUAUGGCGCUCUCAAAGAUUCCACCAAGGUCGGCCUUGCUAAGGUCAACAGCGAAUUCAAGGAUUUGGAUAUCGCCAUUGUCAAGGCUACCAAUCACGUUGAAUGCCCGCCUAAAGAACGUCAUGUUCGAAAAAUAUUUACGGCGACGUCCGUGGUGAGGCCUAGGGCGGAUGUGGCGUAUUGUAUUCAUGCAUUGGCCAAGAGAUUGUCGAAGACGCGGAAUUGGAUCGUUGCCUUGAAGACGUUGAUAGUUGUACAUAGGACACUGAGAGAGGGUGAUCCAACCUUCAGGGAAGAACUUCUCAAUUAUUCACACAGAGGACAUAUUCUCCAAAUAUCCAAUUUUAAGGAUGACUCAAGUCCUCUUGCUUGGGAUUGUUCUGCAUGGGUAAGAACAUAUGCUCUUUUUCUAGAAGAGAGACUUGAAUGUUACAGAAUCUUGAAGUAUGAUAUUGAAUCCGAACGUCUAACGAAAACAUCACCAGGAUCAACAAAGGUACAUAGUAGGACACGAUUGCUGAAUUCUGAUGAGCUACUGGAGCAGCUGCCUGCAUUGCAGCAGCUUCUCUACCGCCUUAUGGGAUGUCAGCCAGAAGGAGGAGCUUACAGCAAUUAUCUUAUCCAGUAUGCCCUGGCUCUGGUACUCAAAGAGAGCUUUAAAAUAUAUUGUGCAAUAAAUGAUGGAAUAAUAAAUCUUGUGGACAUGUUCUUUGAUAUGCCAAGGCAUGAUGCAGUUAAAGCUCUCAAUAUAUACAAAAGAGCAAGCAACCAGGCUGAAAAUCUUGCGGAUUUUUACGAAUAUUGUAAGGGAUUGGAACUUGCUAGAACUUUUCAGUUUCCCACAUUGAAGCAGCCACCUCCAUCAUUUCUUUCAACAAUGGAAGAAUAUAUAAGAGAAGCACCACAGACAGGUUCUGUUAAUAAGAGACUGGAAUACCGAGAGGCAGAGCAAUUGACUCAGGAACCGGAUAAGCCCGAAGAACCAUCCGAAGUUGAAAAGGAAGUUGAAAAUGUUGAGGACAACAACCCACUGGUUGAAACAGAAGAAGAACCCCAACAGAAGGAAGAGGAGGUCGCUGAACCUCCACCUCUAAUAGCAACCAACGACACAAGUGAUCUUCUGGGUCUGAAUGAAAUAAAUCCUAGAGCUGCAGAAAUAGAGGAAAGCAAUGCUUUAGCUCUUGCUAUUAUUACAAAUGGGAAUGAUCCAUCUUCUUCAAAUCGUGGUUUGAGUGACAUUGGCGGUAGUGGUUGGGAGCUGGCGCUUGUUACCACACCAAGCAAUAAUGCUGGUCCAGCGGUCGAAAGCAGACUGGCCGGUGGUUUUGACAAGCUAUUGCUUGAUAGCUUGUAUGAAGACGAACAAGCCAGAAGACAUCUUCAGCUGCAGAACGCAGGAUAUGGACCAUACGGCGAAAUGAUGGUGCAGAAUCCAUUCGAACAGCACGACCCAUUUUCAAUGUCGAGCAACAUAGCACCUCCCCCGAACGUGCAAAUGGCAAUGAUGGCACAGCAACAACAAAUGCUUUUCCAACACCAGCAACAACAGCCUUUACAAAGCAAUGCCUUCCCUCAGCAAAAACAGCAACAGCAGCAAUUACAUUCAAAUGACUCCAUGAUGAUGGUACCUUAUCAACAACAAUUGCCUCAAUACCCUCAACAACAAAUGCAACAAAUUGGUCCUAAUCCAUUUGGUGACCCUUUUCUUUCCUUUCCUCAAACUUCACUACCCCCAGGAGGAAAUCAUAAUCUAAUCUAGAUUUUUCUUUUCCCUUUUUAUUUUGACUUCAAGUUCUGUAAUUUUUUUUCUUCCUUUUAUUAAAUUUAUGAUCAUAGGGCUAUUAUAUGUUCUCUCUACUGUGAAGUUGAUAAGUUUAUUAUUUGUAACUGAUUAAAUAAUGGAAGGUGUAAUUUGGUUUUGGGAGUAUAUGAAUACAAACAUUUAUUUCAAAGCAAGGAAUUAAGAUGUGAUUAUGCU